AAAAACAAUUUAGUUCUUAUGCAGCGUCGUAACAAAAAAGUCAGUCAUACUCCAUAAAUUGUUUAAAUAAAAAAGUAAAAGUGCAACAAAUAUUUUCACAAUGGAACGUUGGCAUAAUAAAGUAGCUAUUGUAACAGGUGCAAGCGCUGGUAUCGGUGUUGCUAUUGUUAAAGAUCUUAUUAAAUUUAACAUAAAAGUUAUUGGAUUAGCAAGAAGAGUUCAUAAAAUUGAGGAAAUUCGUAAUGAAAUCCCAGAAAAUUUACAUAAAAAUAAUUUAUUUGCAAAAAAAUGUGAUGUUUCAAAAGAAUCUGAAGUAAUUCAAGUGUUCAAUGAAAUUAUCAAUGAACAUGGUAGCAUUGAUAUAUUAAUUAAUAAUGCUGGUUACAUGGAAUCUGGUGAUCUAUCUAUGAUGAACACACAAUCUAUACGUGAUGUAUUAAAUACAAAUGUAAUGGGAAUAGUUUAUUGUACACAACAAGCAUUUAAAAAUAUGAAAACAAGAAAUUUCAACGGCCAUGUUAUUUUAAUAAAUAGUAUUGCUGGUCACAGAAUAACUGCACCUGUCGAUAAUUCACCAUCAAUUAACAUAUAUUCGCCAUCAAAGUACGCUGUAACUGCAAUGACAGAAGUCUAUAGACAAGAAUUUUCGGAUCUUGGAACAAAAUGUAAAAUAACUAGUAUAAGCCCAGGAUUAACUAAUACGGCUAUGUUACCAGAGGAAUGGAAAAAAUUUGAAGAUGUUGGGUAUUUAAAUCCUGAAGAUAUAUCAAAUUGUGUUAUGUUUGCCUUAAGUACCCCAUCACAUGUACAAAUAUUUGAACUUACCGUAUUGCCAGUAGGAAAAAGAAUUUGAUGGAAGAAAAUUAAUUUUUUUUAAAUUAUCAUUAUUAUUAAAUUUAAAAGCACUGUUAUUAAAUUUUAACGCAGUAUUUGUCAAAGCGCAAUAUCAAAAUUUUAUGUAUUGCAGUUUAAAUUUCUUUUUGUCAAAAGUUACUGUUAAAAUUAUACCGUUGAAUGGGAAAUCAUAUUAAAUUUGUAA